AUAUUAAUCACGAUUCGUCUGUGUCACACUUUCCCUGGUCGGAAGGCAUAAAGAAGCACGUGACACAGGGAUGGGAGGACGGGAUCAGGAAAGAAGGGAAAACAAGCAAUCAGACUGUAGGAAGGAAGGAAAACAAAACAGUCAUUCCAGCAUCAGUACGCGGGGAAAAAAAAGAAGAAAAAGUGAAAGUUAGCUUGGGAAAGCAGGCACUGGAAACUGGGCGAGAUAAAAAAAAAACAGAAGACGAAUAACGUGAUCAUCAUCUGACCCUGGCCGGCACAGGAAAGCCGCAACCAACCAACCUUACAGUCACAGGUGGUGUUGGUCAGCAUCCGGAGAAGGAGUCCAGCCAUGGCAGCCAGCAAGAGCAAAAGUCAGAGCACCCUGGCCCUGCACAAGGUCAUCAUGGUGGGCAGUGGCGGCGUGGGCAAGUCCGCGCUCACCCUGCAGUUCAUGUAUGACGAGUUUGUAGAGGACUACGAGCCCACCAAGGCAGACAGCUAUAGGAAGAAGGUUGUCCUGGAUGGGGAAGAGGUCCAGAUUGAUAUUCUGGAUACAGCGGGCCAGGAGGACUACGCUGCCAUUCGGGAUAACUACUUCCGCAGUGGAGAGGGCUUCCUACUGGUGUUCUCCAUCACGGAGCAGGAGUCCUUUGCUGCCACGGCUGAGUUCAGGGAGCAGAUCCUGCGUGUCAAGGCUGAAGAGAAUUGCAUCCCUCUGCUGCUGGUGGGCAACAAGUCUGACCUGGAGGAGCGCAGGCAGGUGGCUGUGGAGGAGGCCCGGAGCCGGGCCGAAGAGUGGGGGGUGCAGUAUGUGGAGACCUCGGCCAAGACGCGUGCCAACGUCGACAAGGUGUUUUUUGACCUGAUGCGAAAUGUGCAGGCAAAGAAAUCAAAAAACAAGGAAAAAAAGGAAAAGAGCGGAGGAAACAAGAAAGGAUUCAGGGAGCGAUGCUGUUUACUCUGAUCGGCGCUGGACUGCAGGCCACCGGACACCCUUCAAACAAUCAACAAAUAUCACAGCUCCCUUCCUUUCACUCACGCUGAGGGUUUAAUGCUGAGGGUUUAAUGCUAAGGGAAUCCGUUUAUUUCUUUGAUAUUUUUAAACAUAUUUUGAUUGUAAUGAUGUUCCUCUCUCACUUCAGACCUCCACAGCGCCUUGGAAGCACAGGAACGUACCGAGCUGCUCGCAACACUAAGCCUUUGUUGAGUAUUUUGUCCACUUUAGUUCUGUUGUUAGGCUGUCAGCACGUCUGCAAGGUCCUUGCAGUCCAUCGGGUUUCAGUAUUUAAACACGGGGCAUGUUAAGUUUGAAGUAGUGUAUCUUUAGCCAAGCUGAACCAAAUAUGGAGGAGAGCCGACUGGAUGGGUGCAGUGUGAUGGAGGUGGAUGGGGCAGACAGCCCUACUCCCUGUGAGCCUUGGGGCCCUUCCCCCCCCCCGCCGCCGAGCCUUUCACAUGGUUUUAGACUCAGAAACACGCAGCUGAGCACCUUGGUCCGUUGUGGCUAGCGGGCCACUGCCUCCUGGCGCUGGUCUUCUACCUGUAUCUGUGAGGGCCCAUGUACCAAAUCCAGGUCCCUUGCUGGAUCAUUCAGGGACAAACAGUAAGGCGACUCUCCAUAGACAUUCCCACACCCCUGUGCAGGCAGUCAGCUCACCUGCCUUUUCUCCAUUUUUACAUUACCAGAACUAGUACAAUGGUGCUUCACUGUAGACAUGGCAAUUGAGCAAAUACCUCCCUCAAUAAUGGUCUCUGAUUGUCACAUAUGACAGUUUGGCGCACUGAUAAGAUGUUCUGAAACUGGCCUCCUACAAAAAUGGACUUGAAUCUUAAGUCAAAGUUGAAACAUAAGGCAAACAUUAAGCAAAAGGCAACAAGAUGACAACAGGCACAGGUCUAGCUGAGAAGCCAGCAGUUCUUGGUCUGCUGUAGGCUCAUUUUUCCUGCUUUAACCCACCGAUCAUACCCAAGAGUUUUAAAUGAGAAUCAGCUGAAUUGAUUAUGAUUAUGCAGAAGAAUUUCCCCACACUGGACUCAGGAGUACAGUUUUCACCAACACUGGAGACCCCAUCUGAAGAAAAAACAGAAGCUUAAAGUAAAAAUGGCAAAAUGAGUUGGUGCAGGAGUGUGAUGCUCAUAGCGACCCAAAGGCUCUCAGUCCUCUGUCUUCAGAUCAUGGGACGUCAAAAUAACGCUAUAAGUGUUAAAAUCUACCCUUUCGCUGGGAUUGAGAGCCUGCAGGGAUUGUCGUUUGUGUAAUCAGUAAUCAGAUUGUUUCUUCCAUUUGGUCCUCUGUGAAAAACAAAACACUAAAUGACCAGAGAACAAGCCUUAAAUCAAGUGCCUGCUUGAUUUCUCAAGGGCUAACGACACCCAAGUCAGGGAGUAUCGCGUUUGGCAUGACGCAUGGUGCUGCCCGCUAACUCGGCGGCUCAGCCAAGGAUGAAUGAGUGAGUUCAGGUAGAACAAAAGAUGGCACAUGCAGGACCAGGGCAAAACCUCUAUGUUUACAGAGCUGCACGUUUUCAGUGCUUUGAAGAUAAUGUAAAAGGUAGUUUAGAGACAGGGCUUCACUGAGCUGCGACACAAAGGGCUUCCCCCAGCACACUGCAGCCCUGUGCUAUUCUGGGGCGGUCGCCGGUAAGCCAUCAGUAACAUGCUGACCGAUGACUCUGCUCACAUUCCUAGAAUCACUGGUGCUGCUCUAACGACGUCAUAUUCACAAGAAUUCGCAGUGUCAGAAUUCUAACCCCAUGUCUUACUGUCGUGUUCAGUUUCCAAAAAGGGAAGCAAGGUUAAAUUUUACAUUCCCAGAUUUCCGAUGCAUCCAUCCAUCUUCUGCCUAUCCUAGGGCGGGGACCACCCUGGACUGGAUGAAAUUUUUGAUGCAAAAUGCCCCAAAAUCCAUUAUCAGCUUUUUACUACAAAAAUACGUAUUGCUGUCCAUUUCCAGCUCCAUUAAUAUUUGUUAAAAUGCAAACAUUAAUGUGCUACAUCCAGAUCUUGCCCUUCUGUAUGCACAGUAGCAUCGUCUCUGGCUGUGAGGAGACGUCGCUUCUCACAUGAAGGACCCAGGGCAGGAGAACUCUGCAGCCUGCCUCCGCUUUCCGUUUGAGGAUUUUUCAGUCACACGUCCCACUUGACGUCCCUGCUGCAGUUUGUAAGGGGCGAUCAGCUGUGAACAAUCCGCUCAAUUCAACAAAGCAGGGCCCUCUGACCCGACGGAACCAUGAAGUCACCUCAAGACAUUUCAAAGCUGAAACACUAUUUGUAUGAUUUUUCUGCUGGCUGUUUUUAAUGAAUAUUACUGUUGCCAAAUAAAUAUUUUUUCCCAUGUUA